UCUUGUGCUUGUUUGGUCGGAGACUCGGAGCAAUUGCAUUUCAUAACCUUGUUCUCUCUCCUCUCUCAAGAAUCAAAACACCGCGAGACUUCCCCGAGAAAAUUUUGCCGAACAGCAUGGAGUCAUGUCCAUCUGUAAAAAACAUCCUACUUCUGGAUUCUGAAGGAAAACGAAUUGCAGUCCAGUAUUACUCAGAUGAUUGGUCGACAAACAAUGCAAAGGAAGCUUUUGAGAAAGCUGUAUUCACAAAGACUCAAAAGACAAAUGCCCGGACUGAAGCGGAGAUCACCAUGUUUGAGAAUAAUGUUGUUGUUUACAAAUUUGUACAAGACCUUCACUUUUUUGUCACUGGGGGUGAUAAUGAAAAUGAACUCAUCUUAGCAACAGUUCUUCAGGGAUUUUUUGAUGCUGUUGGCCUCCUACUAAGAGGCACUGUGGAGAAGAAAGAGGCGCUUGAGAACUUGGAUCUAAUUCUAUUAUGCCUUGAUGAAAUUGUUGAUGGCGGUAUUAUUCUUGAAACUGAUGCAAACGUUAUUGCGGGAAAGGUUGCAACUCAUAGUAUCGAUUCUGCAGCUCCUUUGUCUGAGCAGACAAUAACUCAAGCAUUGGCCACUGCUCGAGAACAUCUAACCAGAUCCCUUCUUAAAUGAUGCUUGCACCAGAGAAGCAAAAAGCCCAAAAAGGAUGUCUUUUUACUGUAUUUUGUUUUGUGCUAAUACUGGAUGUGCGGAUUGAAUAUGUAUCAGUUUUGCUUGAUACUGCUUUCAAGUUUCGACAAAGAAGGGGUUGAUGCCAAUAUUAGGUCCUUCAGGAUCUGUAAGCUAUGAUUGAUCACAAAGUUUAAUGGUGAAGUUUUAUCCAGUCAUCGACUAAGGACUUAAAUGUU